AUGCAGAGUGCCAUCGUGUUGGACGCCGGCUCUAGUAGUGUGAAGGCGGCGUGUAGCACCGCCACCGUCCCCAACUCUUUUCCGUCGCUGGCCGGUCGUGCAAAGUACAAGCCGUUGUUUCAGACGUUGCCUGGCAAUGCGGCGGUGGCCGUGGGGAACGCCGCGGCGGAGCGUCGCGGCCUGCUGCACCUCUCGUACCCCAUCCAGCACGGGAGCAUCGUCGACUGGGAUGCCUGGCACCUGCUGCUGCGGCACAUCGAGCAGCAGCUGGACACCCCCCUCGCCGAGCGGAAUGUUUUCUGGGUGGAGCACCCCUUUAGUUCUCGCCCACAGCGCGCGCGUGUGGCGCAGGUGCUUUUUGAGGAGAAUUCGGUCGCCGGCAUGUGCGUCGGCGUUGCCCCCCUCCUCUCACUCUACGCCACAGGCAACACGACAGGGGUGGUGCUGGACGUUGGGGAGGGCGUUGCCUCCGUGGCGGCGGCGGUGCAGGGGUACGCCGUCACGGCGAUGAUGCAGCGGGAGGACUUUGGCGGCGGCGCCGUCACACAGUACCUGCAGCGCCUGCUACGCGAGUACGGCAGCUACAACGUUGCAUGUGAAGGGGGCCGCGGCGCCGUGGCCCGGCAGUUCAAUCCGUCGCGCUGCGGCGCCGAGCGUGAGCUGGUGCGCGCCAUCAAGGAGCAGCGCUGCGAGGUGAGUCCACACCGCGUCCCAACAAGCGCAAUCCCUGCGCCUGAUGCGGGGGGAGCGGCAGGCGAGGAUGGCGACGGCGAUACCUCCCUGCUGAGUUUUGCGCAGGCCGUUGCCGCGGCACCGCCAAAGAGGCACCGCCUGCCCGACGGCACGGAGCUGACGCUCGGGUAUGAGUUGCUGCAGGCUCCGGAGGUGCUGUUCAACCCCGCUCUGCUUGGGAAUGAGCACGUCGGCGUGGCGGAGCUCGUCGCUAACGCGGUGCGAGUGGCUGACCUUGAGCUUCGCGCGGAGCUGUGCGAGCACGUCUAUUUAACAGGUGGCUCGACGCUGCUCAGCGGAUUCGGGCAGCGCUUCCUUGCGGAGCUGCUGCAGCUCACCCCGCGGAACUGCAAGGUGCGGGUCUCGGCGCCGGCAGAACGGUCCCACACGGCGUGGCUGGGCGCAUCGUUUCUCACACGGCUCUCGACGUUCCCGCAGGAGAUGCUUGUGAGUCGGGCGGAUUUCCUGGAGGAGGGCGAGCGCGCGCUGCACAACCGCCGCGUCGGUUAA